AUGCGGCUCGUCUUGCUCGGGGCCCUCCUGAUGGCCCCGGAUCCCGGACAUGUGGUCGCCGUGGCGACUGGCAGGAGCUGUACAUGUCACCUCGUGCUCCCGACCAACGGUUCCUUGGUCGGUCAGGUCGCAUGUCGUGGCGGCCGGUCGACCGAACAGAGUCCCGCCCACCUGCUGGUCGCCUGCAGCCAGAUCGGCGGCCUGCUACAGAUCGGGCCGUUGCCUUCGCCGUCACCGUUGUCAUCAUCGUCGUUGUUGCCUUCGCGACUAGAACUACAACCAUUCGGAUUGGUCGGUCUGGCGGGCGGAGGCGAGAGGCCGCCGGAGGCUGAGUUGCGACGGGUCAAUCUGAAUCUGCGAGCCUCGGAAGCGGAUGGACUCGGUCCGGUGUCUGUGGACGCCAGAUCGUUGGCCGGCCUCGAAGGGAUUCGUGAUUUGGUUGCGUGGCGAGGCGGCGUCGAGUUGGACGCCUGCAGUCUGGUCGACUUGGCCAGACUGCGCUCCGUCACGCUUGACUGCGCCAGUCUGGCCGGCCAGCGUGGCCGUCGGCUCACUCUGGCCGGUGACUUCGCCUUCCUCCUCUUCACCGGUUGCCUGGGCCUUCGGAUACAGUACUUCUGUACCCGAUGCAGCCAGGCGCCCCACCUCUUUGUGGUUCACACUGAGCCCGGACCCCCUUUGGCCACGCACACUCUGCGUCUCCGUCGCGACCAUUCGCCUCCCGGCAACGACUCGUCGCCCCUCGGAUCCACAAACGCCUCGGCUCCGAGUCCCGCCUCCAUCCGCCUCGGCGUCUGCCGCAGCCGGCCCUGCCGUGAGGAUUGGCUCUGCCGCGACAAUCCCGCGCUCGAGGAGACGCGCGACUUUUGGCGCAGACGACUUGGCGCUACACCCACCAACCUCGCUCUCGAACCAACGCCGAUGCCAACCACAGACGACUCGGAUUCGGCAGCCCUCCAACUCCCUCCUCUCGACCACUCCGCCUCCACUUCGCCUCCAGCCUCCACUUGGAGCCAGUCGGGCGAAAGCAAUUCUUUCUCUUCUUCGUCUUCGUCGUUCUCUUCGCCUUCAACCUGGCACACAUUAGCCUCCUCAUCACCCACUUCGCCUUCGCCGUCUUCAUCUUCAUCUUCUUCGCCGUCAUCGUCUUCUUCUCCUCCAGACUGGCACGAAGUGGCCUCCUCUUCAACUUCAUCCUAUUCGCCGUCGUUGUCUUCCUCUCCUCCCUCAGACUGGCACGAAGUGACCUCCUCUUCAUCUUCAUCUUCUUCUUCGCCGUCG